GGUGCAACACUAGUCAAUGGCCAAUGGAAGCAGCCUGCCGAAAAUGCCCCACCACCUUGUCCACCGCUCCACCCCGUCGGAGUAAUGUUGGCCAACCUGGGCGUGGCGACCGCCGUGACGACCGCGAGUCCCACGGGCAGCAGCCCGACCGGCACUAGCUCAGCGGCGACGUCCGCCACCUCCCCGAGCAACGUCAGCGGCCACAAUGUCGGCGGGUUCCUCAUGCCGGUCAUCAUCGUGGCCACGGGAACGACAACGACGAUCGUCCCGGGACCAGACCAGUGGCCACCGGGGGACCUGAUGCCCCCGUGGGCGUACGUCGCCACCGCCGUCGUGCUCUUUUUCAUCGGAUUUUUCGGGUUCUUCCUGAACCUGUUUGUGAUAGCACUCAUGUGCAAGGAGGUGCAGCUUUGGACCCCGAUGAACAUCAUCCUGCUGAACCUGGUGUGCUCGGACUUUUCCGUCUCGAUCGUCGGCAAUCCGUUCACGCUGUCGUCGGCCAUCUCGCACCGGUGGCUGUUUGGCCGGAAGCUGUGCGUCGCGUACGGCUUCUUCAUGUCCCUGCUGGGCAUAACGUCGAUCACGACGCUGACGGUGCUGUCGUACGAGCGGUUCUACCUCAUCAGUCGGCCGUUCUCGUCCCGGAGCCUGUCCCGGCGGGGGGCGCUCGGGGCCGUCCUGCUCAUCUGGUGUUACUCGUUUGCCUUAACCUCGCCGCCCCUCUUCGGGUGGGGUGCGUACGUCAGCGAAGCGGCCAACAUCAGCUGUUCCGUCAACUGGGAAACGCAAACCCUAAACGCCACCACCUACAUCAUCUAUCUGUUUGUGUUUGGCCUGGUGGUGCCCCUGACGAUCAUCGUGUACAGCUACACCAACAUCAUUGUCAACAUGAAAAAGAACGCAGCCCGCGUCGGCCGGAUCAACCGGGCGGAGAAGCGAGUCACGACGAUGGUGGCCGUAAUGGUGAUCGCCUUCAUGGUGGCCUGGACGCCGUACUCGGUGUUUGCCCUGGUGGAGCAGUUCGGACCACCGGAUGUGAUCGGACCUGGGUUGGCCGUGUUGCCAGCGCUGAUCGCCAAGUCCAGCAUCUGCUACAAUCCGAUCAUCUACGUCGGCAUGAACACGCAGUUUCGGGCGGCAUUCAACCGGGUUCGGAACCACGACCCGGGCGACUUGGCCAACACGACCACCAACCAGAAGGAACUGACGCGGAGCAGUCGGGACGUGGCGGUGGACUGCAGUUUUGACUUUUGUCGGAAGAAGAACCGGCUGAAGAUGAAGCUACACAACAGCAUCCACCGGAGUGCGGCCAUCAAGGCGGGUCGACCGCCGUCGCCACAUUCCGAAAGCGAACGGAGCAGCAGUGGGGCCACCCAGGAGCGAUCGACGCGGGUGCAGACCAUGCUGAACGCCACCGUUGACUCGAGGUCAAUUAGUGGCAGCACGGCCAAACUGAUGAAGUCCGACUUUGAGCUGUCCGUUAUCAACAGCGGGCUGCUUACAGGAUCCCUCGGGUUAGAUAGGAGGACGCAUGGUCGGAUUGGGCAGUCGACUGAAUCGAUCAUAGUGUAGUUUAAAUUACUGUUGAAUUCUAAGUACUUCUCCUAAAUUUAUUAAAUGUAGCAAAAAAUAUUCCCAGCGUAUUUAU